AACAGCUACAUUUGAGCUGGCUAACUGCUGAAAACAUCCUUUCUGUUUUGUGAAGUGAUACAUUCUCUUCUCAUAUACGUGUGUACAUAUAAGCGUUGACGUGAAGCUGCUACGUGUAUUUGGAUACUGCCAUUUAGCAUCAUUAUUAUUAGUGAAGAUAUUUAUUACGCAGUGAAUUUUGUACGAAUUUUCGCAACAGAGUCAUGUCAUGGGAGAGCAUAAGUUCGAAGGAUCUACUUAGUAUACCUCAUAGCCACAAUUUAUCAGCAACCCAUUUGCUUGCCUCCCCGGACGGUUCACGUUACCUAUUGGAAAAUUCUAAUGAUUUGUGUCAAUUAGAUGAGAGCUAUUCACGGCUGGCUGGUUGUGGGUCAAGUCCAGACGGCACAUCGCUUUGGGCACGACAUGGUAUUGUCUCAUCUCACAAUUCCAUAAUAAACUGUUUCUUGGUCUGUCAACGCAGUCUAAAGCAGUAUAUGGCAAGACGAAAGAUUGAGCGAGGACUGCGUCUAUAUGAGCAGCACAAUCAAAAUGCUGCUGUACGCAUAUGGCGAAGCGCUUUAAAAGCAGCAAAUCGUCGCGAAGAUUGCUUUCAAUUAUUAGGCUAUCUUUACCAGGCACACAUGGAUUGGGGAAAAUACCGCGAAGCGAUAGAGUUCGGGCAUCGACAAUUAGGCAUUUCUGAGGAAUUGGACUCACCCGCGAUGCGUGCGGAGACUUAUUUGAACUUGGCCAGAGCCCACGAACGCUUAGGUGGCCUGGAACGGGCACUAAGCUAUGCUCGUCACUCACUGUACAACGAAUGCGGUACCCAGUGCCGCACGGGAGGCUUAGUGCAUCUGACAGUGGCAAGGGUUUACUUGGAGAUGGGUGGAUUUUCGCGUGCGCUUGAGGGUUUCCAAGGAGCGCAUAAGAUAGCCACUGCCAUUGGCGAUCCAUCGCUGGAGUUGCAGGUGUACGUUGCGCUCUCAGAGUUAUUCGGCCGUCUGCAAGAUAAUGAUAAGAGUGCAACCUAUGCAUCUAAGGCCUAUGAUUUAUCACGUUCGUUGCAGCUGGGUGAUCUCAAUUCGUCGCAUCAUCGGGCCGCGCUGCUGCGUAUGGCAGCCGCUCUUCGCAAACAAGGUGACCUGGGUGACGCACAUGAUUAUUGUAUGGAAGCCACGCGUCUUUCGCUGAUCUCUGGUGAUCAAGCGACAUAUACACGUAGUUUGCGAGUUAUGGGGGAUAUCUAUCGCAAGAAAGUGGACAUGGAUCGCGCUUUUCGACAAUAUGAACAAGCGAUGGGUACUUCGGCAGCACUUGGCGAUCGUAUGGCGCAAAUGGAGGCAAUGGACGGCGCAGCACGCUGUUUAGAAGCACUAAGGUUACAGCAGAAGAUUUGUAAUUGCCGACCACUGGAGUUCAACACACGUUUGCUCGAGGUCGCAAGCUCCAUUGGCGCUAAGCUCUUGGUGCGUAGGAUACGUAGCCGACUGGCUCUCAUAUACCGUGCUUUGGGCGAUGAGGAACAAUACAACACACAUUCACGCUUAGCCGGCCAAACUGAUGCAGCUCUCGGAUUGCUAUGCGGUGCAUGUGGGGAAACCUUUGGGCUAGAGCCGAACUCGAUUGAGGCCCUACCAUGUGCUCAUAUCCUACAUGCACGGUGUGCCCAUGAGCUGUUGCGACGCCGCGAAAAGGGCGCCUCUCGCGCAUGUCCAGCGUGUAAUAAACUAUUGAAUUCACGCCUUCAUCUCUGUGGGAGUGAGAGUGGUACUGGUCCGGGUGACGGCAGUGGCUCUGGCUGUAAUGCCAAAGGAGUUGGCGCUGAUCGUUUAUUGUCUGUCGAUACGGUUGACAUUCUUCCACCACUUUGCACAGCGAACGGUGGUGUAGUCGUCGGCAAUCCCAACGAAAAAGCAAUCAUCUGCAAUGGUCUGAGCAGUAUAGCACCAAAUAUCGAUAGUACCGCAUUAAUGUUGACUGCGAAUUCAUCACCAAAGCCAUUAUAUCGCAGCAAUUUGUCAUUGGCAUCACUGAGUUUGCGUGCUUCAAGUUUGACCAUUGACAACUCACGAAAUGCCACUUCGUCGGUUUAAAAGAAGCCCUAACCUUGUUAUAAGUAGAUUGGUAUGUCAUAAAAAUUUAUUGUGACCCAUUCAGCAGUAUAUCUAACGAAUUCAACAAACAAAACAAGUAUAAGUACUACACGAAGAUAAUUAUAUUUACAUACAAACAUAUAUAUGUACAGGAAACAAUUACUCUGUAGUGGGAUUGGGUAUGAAAAAUGCGGUCAAUAUAGACUUAAUUUUGCAGUGAUAAAGGGGCUGAAGAACCGUGUGAAGGUAGACAUAAAGUGAAUGUUCAAAACAAAGUACCUAUAGCAAUCAAUAAACAAAAAAUUUAAUGAUUGA